GCUUUUACCUCGAGACCUGGAAGUGCUUCCCACUGUCGGCAGCUUUUCCAUCUUUUAAAAAUGGCGAUCGACAAAGGAUAUGUGUUUACAAGUGUUAAGUUACUGUUUGUUUUGCUGUUUGUAGAAAGCCAGUGUCGGCUCCAUCAUCUCGUACUGAAGGAUGACGUCCGUCAAAGGGUCCAUCUCAACACAUUUGGUUUUUAUAAAAAUGGGUACAUGAGUGUGCAAAUGGAUCGACUCAGUUUGAACGGGGUGCCAAUUGAGGACAUUGACAGCUCCACGAUUGGUUUCAGUCUGGACCGAACAAGUAGUAAUGGCUUCUCUACUUAUCUGGAUGAUGGCCUUGACUACUGUGUUCUGAAAAAGGUGCCUAGCAGUGAUUUUGCAGUGGUGCUUCUCUUGCUGGACUUCAAAUAUAACCAAGUGAGGAUGAAGACUUCUGCAGAUGAGGGAAUGUUCCCUCACAUCAUUCCUGUGUUGCCAAAGAGUGAGAAAGAUGGAGAGGAGAAACAACAAGAGAAACCUCAGUCUGGGGAUGUGGCUAAAUCCAGACGAGAUGUGACUGAGAAUAAGGCAGAUGUCACCUUCCCCUUGCAGAACAAAGACAAAGUAUUCUCCUUUCAGUUUUACUUCAAUGUGACAACAGACACGCAGCAAGGCCUCUACAACUUCUACUUUCACAACUGCUACUCCUCCAUGGCUAUAAAUCAGGAUGCCUCUUCAUUGAGCACGCUCACUUUCAGCCUUGAAAUACACAUAGAGGAGAAGAACCCUGAGAGCUUUCUGUCUGCUGGAGAAAUUCCUCUACCUAAACUCUACAUCUGCAUGUCUGGCUUUUUCUUUUCAAUCGGCACAAUCUGGGUCCAUGUUCUCCGAACACGCAGUUCUGAUGUGUACAAAAUCCACUGGCUUAUGGCAGCUCUCCCAUUCACCAAGUCUCUUUCCCUCAUUUUCCAUGCGAUCGACUACUACUACAUCUCCAACCAGGGCUAUCCUAUUGAAGGCUGGGCUGUGGUCUAUUACAUCACACACUUGCUGAAGGGGGCACUGUUGUUCAUUACUAUAGCUUUGAUAGGAACUGGUUGGGCCUUUGUUAAACACAUCCUGUCAGACAAAGACAAGAAGAUCUUUAUGAUUGUCAUUCCUCUGCAGGUGCUGGCAAAUGUGGCGUAUAUAAUCAUCGAGUCCACAGAGGAAGGCUCCAGCGAGUACGGCUUAUGGAUGGAAAUUCUGUUCCUGGUGGAUCUGCUUUGCUGUGGAGCAAUUCUCUUCCCUGUUGUCUGGUCCAUCAGGCAUUUGCAAGAGGCAUCAGCAACGGAUGGAAAAGCUGCCAUCAAUUUAGCUCAGCUGAAGCUCUUCCGGCACUACUAUGUGAUGAUUGUCUGCUACAUCUAUUUCACUCGUAUCAUUGCCAUCCUCAUCAAGGUCAUUGUCCCCUUCCAGUGGAAAUGGCUCUAUCAGCUGUUAGAUGAGCUGGCCACUCUGACCUUCUUCGUUCUGACGGGGCACAAGUUCCGGCCAGCCUCCUACAACCCCUACCUGCUGCUGUCUGUGGAGGAUGAAGAGGACAUGGAGAUGGAUGAUGUGGUAACUACUUCCACAGUCAUGGGCGAUGGCAUUAAGAAGGUGAAGAAGAUCUCUAACGGACCAUCAGAGGAGCGGGAGAGCACGGCCUGAUGGGAAAUGCAGUCCUCUGAGCUCAGGGUGCUUCUGGACUUUGUGACUAGCUACUGAUGUGGUGGACAUUCUUUUAAACAGAGCUUCACUGCCGCCUCCACUCGACUCGACUUGUGGAUGACGGCCCGAUUUCCCAAAUUCCAACUGGACCUUCCAAUAUGACCUUGUGCUGAAACGUUACGGGUCCAAAGCCCAUAUUUAUAUCUCUAUAUAAAUGUUACACAGACAGUUUGAGGACUGAUAUGCCGCUCUGCGAUUUCCCUUCCCCUUCACUGUAGUUCUAAAGGAAAUGCUUGGUGCUGUGCUUCGUCAUCAGCUAACGAAAGUUGUUUUGCCUUUCUUGUUUGUUUUUUAUUUAUUUAUUUUUAUUUUCGAUCUCCUUAAGGUAUCUCUUCAUCUGAGACGUCCUUGGGCACUUUAACACACUCCGCGUAAACACACACACACACACACACACUGCUGCAGAGCCAGCAAUUUCUGUCAUACAAAUCUAAUUUAAAUCACUACUCAUUUUAAACACUGCCUUAGAGAGGCUGCGUUUUUUGUAUAAAUGUACAGAUUGAGACAAAUGUACAGAAAGAUUAAUACUUUAAAGUACGAAACAGCAUAU